UAUCGAUUUAUUAGCAUUCGUUUGCUAAACUGCAAUACAUGCUCCAUGCUCUUCUCCGCUUCACUUUUUUUUUUACAUAAUUUAGGAUUAGCUGUCUUCCAGAGGCUCCUGUAGCCCCGUUUAUUUUUAUCAUCGUCGUCCCAACCCGCACGAGGUGUAGUUUUUCGAUCUAAACACGCGCCUAAUUACAUAUUUUGGGGUUCAAUCAAUAAGAGUAUUUCGCGCGAUAAUAGUUCCUGUGCUUUUACGGCAUGUAAAUAGGCAACCCGUGUGACGUUAUUGUGGGUUCGCACGUGUUGGUGCUCGGCGUUGCUCACGUGGGCGGAGUCCCUCCUUUUGACAACGAUGAGCAACGAAACAUGCGGGGACCAAGGUGAUACAGAUGGAGCGCACCCAAAGUAGCAAGACAAGAAAUGGUAAAAGACGUUCGGCGAGGCUGGUAGACUAGCAGCUGACAGCGGAGGGAGAAGAACCGAGGUCAACCUCGCGGUUCAGCUGUGUUCUAGUAUUCUUCUCUUGGAGAAAGAGCCGAGAGACAUUCGUACAUUUACUAAGAGAGACUCAGUGUGAUUUAGUUCCAGGUCUCCCCGUAUUCUCUCGUCAGCCGUCUAUCGAAGCUUGCUCUGCGCAGGCAGACGGAAACAGCUCGACAAUGCCUCCCAUCGACAACGACACCGGGAAGAAUGAACUCAAGUCUCGGAUACAGCAGCUUAUCGACUCCAAUCAAGUGAUGGUGUUCAGUAAAAGCUACUGUCCGUACUGUGUCAAGGUGAAAGCCUUGUUCAAAGAGUUGAACGUGGAGUGUAACGUGGUGGAGUUGGAUCUCAUAGAGGAUGGAACCAACUACCAGGAGAUGCUGCUCGAGAUGACGGGGCAGAAAAGCGUUCCCAACGUCUUCAUCAACAAGAUGCACGUUGGCGGCUGUGACAAAACGAUGCAGGCUCAUGGAGAUGGCAGCCUGAAGCAGCUGCUGAGCGGAGACAACGAAGCUUACGAGUACGACCUGAUCGUCAUCGGAGGAGGAUCUGGAGGCCUGGCCUGCUCAAAGGAAGCUGCUAUGUUGGGAAAGAAGGUCAUGGUACUGGACUAUGUUGUGCCCACACCAAAAGGAACAACCUGGGGUCUCGGCGGGACCUGCGUGAACGUGGGCUGCAUUCCCAAGAAGCUGAUGCACCAGACGGCCGUGCUGGGCACCGCCAUGCAGGACGCGCGCAAGUUCGGCUGGGAGUUCAGCGAGACAGUGACGCACAACUGGGACACGAUGAAGACGGCGGUGAACAACUACAUCGGCUCUCUGAACUGGGGCUACAGGGUGGCUCUGAGGGACAAGGACGUCAACUAUGUCAACGCCUAUGCAGAGUUCAUCGAACCACACAAAAUCAAGGCGACCAACAAACGAGGGAAGGAGACGCUUCACACAGCGGCUAGGUUUGUCUUGGCUACAGGCGAGAGGCCGCGCUACCUGGGCAUCCCUGGAGACAAGGAGUACUGCAUCACCAGCGACGACCUCUUCUCGUUGCCCCACUGCCCGGGUAAGACCCUGGUGAUCGGGGCAUCGUACGUGGCGCUGGAGUGCGGCGGCUUCCUGGCCGGCCUGGGUCUCGACGUCACCAUCAUGGUCCGCUCCAUCCUGCUGAGGGGCUUCGACCAGGACAUGGCCAACCGUGCCGGGGAGCACAUGGAGGACCACGGCGUCAAGUUCCUCCGCCACUACGUCCCCGUGAAGGUAGAGGAGCUGGAAGCAGGCUCUCCCGGCAGGCUGAAGGUGACGGCCAAGUCCACAGAGACCGAUGAGGUCAUCGAGGGGGAGUACAACACGGUGCUGAUAGCAGUGGGCCGAGACGCAUGCACCGACAAGGUCGGCCUGGGCAAGAUAGGGGUCAAAGUCAACCCCAAGAAUGGAAAGAUCCCGGUGAACGAUGAGGAGCAGACCAAUGUGCCCCACGUCUACGCCAUCGGAGACAUCCUGGAGGGCAAGUGGGAGCUGACGCCUGUAGCCAUCCAGGCCGGCAAGCUGCUGGCACGACGCCUCUACAAGGGCUCCACACUGAAGUGUGACUACGUCAACGUUCCCACCACGGUCUUCACCCCACUGGAGUACGGCUCCUGUGGUCUGUCAGAGGACAGGGCCACGGAGCUCUACGGGCAGGACAACCUCGAGGUGUACCACAGUCAGUUCUGGCCCCUGGAGUUCACUGUGGCCGGCAGAGACAACAACCGGUGCUACGGCAAGAUCAUCUGCAACAAACUGGACAACGACCGAGUCAUCGGGUUUCACUACCUGGGGCCGAAUGCCGGGGAGGUGACGCAGGGCUUCGGCAUAGCCAUGAAAUGCGGCGCCACCAAGGAGCAGCUGGACGGCACCAUCGGCAUCCACCCGACCUGUGCCGAGAUCUUCACCACGAUGGAGGUGACCAAGAGCUCCGGCGGAGACAUCAUCCAGGGCGGCUGCUGAGGUUAAACCCUGCUCGUUUAGCGGGGCUGCGCUCACAUUAGGACUCUCCGGUCUCAGCCGGCGGUCCACCUUUUAGUUCAGCCUCACCUCCGGCUGCUCCGUUCUCAGGACAAACCCCGACACCCCGGGAGCUUUAGAGGUGACUGACGGAGGCUGAGGUAGUUUUGAUGUGAGUGCAGCACUGCUGAACAGCAGGGUUACUCUGCUGAUUCCCCCCACUGGGCUCCACCAGUGUGUCCUUGUUGAGGAGCACCAAACACACAUGUACGUAUUCGUGUGUGUUUGGGCUGUUUGUGACGUCCUGGCCCGUAACCUGAAAUUACUGAGGUGGGCGAGGAUCGAUGUCCCUCUGCAGGAGCGCCUGAUGGCGGACCCGAAACCCCUUCGUCCAAUCCCCCAACUUCAAACAUUCAGCCCGAGUAUAUACACUGACAUUUGCUUUAUUAGGACAGAUUAAAACUGGCACACAGCCAGGGUUUGAAGGGAUGCACGGCUCUGAACUCUGGUGCAGCUGAUGAUGUUUAACCGGGUCUUUGUGUUUCUUAAAUAUUGUUUCUUCUUUCAAUCCUCCAUCAUUGCUCUUCCACACAUGGAGCUGUCUCUGCUGCGAGCAGACAGCGGGGUUGUUCUGCCUUGAGGGGAACUCCCUUCAUCUCCCUCUGAUGUAUUUAAACAGAGAGAUCACGAGCCGAGCUGGUCCUUUCAAACCUCUUCCAGAUAAAGUUGAAUGGAAAAUACAAGCUGAAUUGUGCUGAAUGUUGUUUAGAAGGUUUUUACUAAAUUAAUUUAAUGCCUGUUUGUCGUCGUUCGCCUUUCUGCUCUACGUGUAUGUGAAAGAUAUAUUCAAUCGUCUAAAGGGGCUCAAUCUGGCAGCGACUUGGGUCUUCAGUACAAAUGACUUGUUGGCGUGAAACCACUGUAGAUUACUGCUGUCAAGAUUUAAUAAAGGAUGAAUUCACCUUCA